AUGGUCAUUUUGGACGAAAUGGACAUUAACCCGGAUUGGAUUGAUAUAUCCAAAGUAGAGCAAAGAUUGGUAGCAUUAUUUUACAGAAGCAUGCAACAAUUGCUACCAAUGCUAAGUGGAAGCAACUGGCAACUACCAAUUUUAUUAAAAUCGCGCACCUUCACUGAAAACAACUUGUACGAAGCUGCGAAGGAACACAAAGCUACAGCUCUCGGAGACAAGUUGGAAUUUUUUUGGAAAGAAGAAGAAAACUAUAAAAAUCACCCGUCACUAACAAGAGCUCUUUUAAAAACCUUUGGUAAAGAAUAUUUAUUGAAAGGCAUUAUACUUUUACCAAUUGAUCUUGGAGUGAUGUUAGCUGACUCGAAAGUUAACGAUCCACAGCACUUACAGGAACUGCGGUACUUGUUGGCUUCUUAUUCGUACAGUGUCUUGGUUGUUUUCAAGCAAAUGUUUUUGAGAAAAAUUGAAGUGGCCUUGAAGAGCGACUGCAGAAUUCGUUUAAUAAAUGACGUCAUCGGUGGAAUACAAACAGUGAAGAUGUACACUUGGGAAAUACCAUUUUCGAAACUUGUUAAAGCUGCUAGGAGGUCUGAAAUGAAGGCUCUCAUUAAAUCUAAUUUAUUAACAAUUAAUAACAACACUAUCAGAAUGUAUGUUACGAAAAUUGCACUUUUUUUGUGCGUAAUGGGCGCCAUUUUGACUAAGGUGUCUUUAACACCUGAGUACAUUUUUCCUCUGAUUAGUCUGUACGAAAACUUAAUUCUUGUAGGUAUGCUACGCUUUCAGUGGGCUCUAGCUUACUGCAGAGAAGCUAAAAUUUCCGUUGCCCGCAUCCAAGAAUUUCUUCUUUCGGGACACAAAAAAACUUCUUUGAGAAAGCCAUCAAAAAGUACUGACACUUGCAGUCCAAAGUCAUACCAAAGUUCUGAACGAAGUGCUUUUGGAAUUCUUCUUAACAACGUCAACGUGACUUUCGAUACCUUCACCGUUUUAGAAAGUGUCACCUUUUCAGUCCUCCCUGGAGAUCUAGUUGGAUUAUCAGGAAAAUCUGGAAGCGGGAAGUCAACACUCCUGCAAGUUAUCCUCCAAGAAAUUAAAGCAAAAGGCUCGAUUGCCGUCGGCGGAAAAAUUUCGUACGCGUCCCAAGAAGCUUGGAUUUUUUCCGCAAGCAUUAAACAAAACAUUCUUUUCGGGGAAGAAGAAGACGAGAAGAAAUAUCGCAGACUGAUUCGAGCGUGUGCUUUGGAACGCGAUUUUUCUCUUUUCGCUAACGGUGACCAAACUCUCGUCGGUGAACGAGGGGUGAUGUUGAGCGGAGGCCAAAAAUCGAGGAUAAAUUUAGCCAGAGCUGUGUAUCGAGAUGCUGAUAUUUAUUUAUUAGACGAUCCUCUAGCGGCUGUUGAUGCCAGUGUGGCGCAACAGAUUUUCAAUGAAUGUGUUUUGGGGUACUUGAAAGAGAAAUGCGUAGUUCUGGUGACCCAUCACUUGAAGUACUUGAGGAACGUCAAAAAACGAUAUAUUAUAAAUAAAGGAAAAGUGGUCGAGGAAGCUUCGAGUGAAAAUGUUUUCAUGGAGUCGGAUGUAGUAACAAUGCAAGAGGACGUCAUCAAAUCUCACAAUUUACCUUCCGAAAUUCAUGAAAGUGCUACAACCAAUUAUAGCACACGACAAAUUUGCAAAAACUUCAUCGAUAUGUUUAUUGUUUUACCAAUCAUUUCAAACAAAACAAAAUCUUUCCAUUUCUUCAGAUUGACGUUAGAACACUUCUUAUAUGUUUACGCUUCUUUGAUUGUCCUUCUCUUCUUUCUUAAUCACACUUUGUCUGUGAUAUUUAUGAAACAUUGCAUGUCUAUUUCAAAAACUUUACACAAUACGUUGUUAGACAAAAUUUUAACCGUUCCGAUGAAAUUCUUCAACGAACACCCUUCCGAUCAGCCUUCGACGCACUUGGAGUAG